AUGUGUGGAAUUGCCCCAAAUGAACUUUGUAAAUGGUCAGAAGCAUUACCUGGCCAAUUUGGAUUUACAAAACAAUUAGUUUUUCGUGUUGCUUUACCUCAUAUAACUUUACUUUGUUUAUCUAUUUUUUAUGUUGUUAUUGGCUCUUUUAUUUUAAUUACUUUAAAUGAUAAUAGUUCAGAAAAUGAAAUUUUUGAAAUUAAAAAGCAAUUUGUGGACGAAACAUUAAAGAAAUUAGUUGAAAUUCUUCCUUAUAAAAAUAAUAGUUCAAAACAAAACGAAAUAAUUAAAAUAUUUUUUGGUUAUUUUUAUGAAGAGAGGAAGGAUCCUUUUAAAUCAUUUAUUUUAAAUGUUUAUGAAAUUAAUGAGAGAAAUGUAUGUUAUGGUGUAAAUGCACCAAGCAGUUUAGGUCAACGUAUAUUUUGUAUAUUUUAUUUAAUUUUUGGAAUUCCCCUUUAUUUGGUUACUUUAGCAGAUUUGGCAAAAUUUUGUACAGAAGGAAUUAACAGACUUUACACAGAAUGUGUUAAAUUUCGUUAUUAUUUACUUGGAUGGUAUCGGCACAGAAAAAGAAGAAUUCAUGCAAAUAGCGGAAUUGAAUAUAUUGCCGUUGGAACUAGAGGAAGAAGAAGACUUUCUUCUCGUAAACUUUCUGGUCAAUUAGUUAGAAAUGAAGAAGAAAUGGCUGAAUUUCUUUGGAAAAAUUUAGAAAAAACACAUUUUGUUGAAGUUCCCUUUUUCCUUGUUUAUAUUUUACUUUUGGCUUAUAUUAUUGGCUCUGCACAAUUUGUAGCUUAUCUCGAAGAUUGGACAUUCUUUGAUUCGCUUUAUUUUAUUAUGAUGAGUGUAAUGACUAUUGGCUUUGGAGAUUUAGUACCAAAAAAUAUAAAAUUUAUUUUGCCAAUACUUUUUAUUAUUUUAAUUGGAUUAAUUGUUGCUACAACUUUUAUUGAUAUGGUAGGGGCUUAUUAUAUUGAUAGACUUCACUUUUUUGGUAGAAGAAUGGAUUUAGAGGUACUUAAGUUUGAGAGAAUAUAUGGGGAAAUUAAUUUUAUUUUAUGA